UUCCUUGUGGUUGCUGUCUCCGGACUCGAGUCAAACGCAACGGGAGAUCGGAAUGGUUGUGGCGGUGACGGCGGCGGAGGCCGACGCGAACGCCUGCUAUCGGGGCUGCUGCAGUAGCUCCUCCAUCCCCCUCCGCCUCCCAUCCUCUUCCUUCUCUCUCCUCUCCCCGAUCGCCAAAGGUGCGGAGAGCACCGUAUUCGAGGCGAGGCUCCUCGAUGGCAGUGGUACCAAGGUCGCAGCCAAGAAGCCCGUACUCUCCACCUCCGACGACCUCGACCACUUCCACCGCCAACUCCAGCUCCUAUGCAAGUUGGAUCAUCCAGGGCUGGCCAAGUUGGUGGCGGCGAACGCGAGGCCGCCUGACUACCUACUCUUCUUUGAGCUGUAUGAGGGUCGGAGUCUGGCCGAGAGGCUACACGCUGAUGGAUGGAUCCCCAGCGUGGAUCAAGUGAUCUCCAUCGCUUAUGACCUAGCAAAAGCUCUUCUGUACCUACAAAACCUUGGAAUUGUACAUAGGGAUGUUAAACCUGCAAAUAUUCUUCUUGACAAGAAUUUUCAUCCACAUCUAGCUGACUUCGGUUUGGCUACCUACACGAAGGAUCUUAAACAUAUAUCAGUUCACAACUGGAGGUCAUCUGGCAAGCCUACUGGUGGUUUUCACAAAAAAAACAUGGUGGGAACUCUCAUCUAUAUGGCACCAGAAAUUCUGAGGAAGGAUAUUCACACAGAAAAGUCAGACGUCUACAGUUUUGCAAUAUCUAUAAACGAGAUUCUUACUGGUGUUGUUCCUUACACAGAUCUACAAGCAGAAGCCCAGGCACACACUGUUCUUGAAAUGAGCUAUACCGAACAACAACUUACAUCAGAAGUUUCCAUUGGUCUAAGGCCUGCUCUUGCUGACCAUCAAUCUGGUGGUCCACCAAGUUUGUUGUCGCUUAUUGAAAGGUCAUGGCAUCAAAAUCCACUGGAUAGACCUUCAUUUGAUGAUAUUGUCAAGGAGUUGUGGAUGCUUAUGAAUCAAAGAAGCAUCUCUUAUCUACCAUUAUUCACUUCCAACACUCAUUUUCAAGAUAGCACCAAUGAGCUCAAAUAUAUUCAAGAAGAGUUUAAUUGGUUAGCAUGUGGAGAAGAAUUAGCAAAAAAAGCAAUUGCUGAAAAGUCAAAUAUGACAACUUGCUGCAGUUCUGUUUGUGACACUCCACGCUAUAACCCAACUUUGUCCUGGGGAUCCUUUGCAACCCGUGGAAGAAGGGAGAAAAUGGAAGACACACACUUCCUCCUUCCAAAUCUAUGCAAAGACAAGGGUGUUCACGCUUUUGGGAUUUUUGAUGGUCAUAGAGGAGCAGCCGCAGCAGAGUUUGCUUCUCAAGCACUGCCAGUGUUCCUAAGGAACUCUGAUUAUAUGUGCAGUCCUGCAGACUCGCUUACUGAAGCUUUUAUAAAGACAGACUUAGCUUUCAGAGAUGAGCUGGCAUUCCACCUUAACUCUAGAAGAGCUGCUCAGAAAGAUUGGCAUCCUGGUUGCACGGCAAUAACAGCACUAAUAUCUGGGAACAACAUUUAUGUUGCAAACGCUGGUGAUUGCCGAGCAAUUAUAAGUCGCAAAGGCUGCCCAAUUCCUAUGAGCAAAGACCAUGUUGCAAGCUGUCCUGAGGAAAGAACCCGUGUCAUGGAAGAAGGCGCUGAAGUGAAAUGGCAAGUAGAUACAUGGAGGGUGGGAUCAGCUGCUCUCCAGGUAACACGGUCAAUUGGUGAUGAUGAUCUGAAGCCUGCAGUGACAGCCAAACCAGAAAUAGUUGAGACUUGCAUUUCCUCCAAUGAUGAGUUUCUGGUGAUGGCUAGUGAUGGGCUGUGGGACGUGAUGAGGAAUGAGGAGGUUGUGUCCAUCAUCAAAGACACUGUUAAAGAACCAUGGAUGUGUUCAAAGAGGUUAGCCACUGAAGCUGCUGAACGAGGAAGCAAAGAUAACAUCACUGUCAUUGUGGUUUUCCUCCGUCCUGUCUCAACAGCUGAGAGAGUGUAUUAGCUCAGGAGGAACCAUCCCAUAAGUGGCACAUUGUAACUGUGCGUUUUCAGUCCUGUUUUAGCUUCCGACCGAAUUCACUGACUUUUGAGUCGUUCGGUUGAAAUAUAGUUCCAGUGAAGCUCUGCCCUCUUAUUUUCUGAUCAAUUCUUUUGUGAUACCAAGUCGUAUCAAGCAAUGUAUUUUCUUCGCUUUAAAGUUGUCUAAGUUCUUGAAGUUGACAACGAAUUGGAGUCGGGAAAAGAAAGAUUUGGUAUAUCGACUCUCUCUAGAAACGGACUAAUGUAUUGUGGUUGUUUGUGAAAUUAUUUGCAACAAUAUGCUUUAUGAGUUU